CUGCAAAUGGAUGUAAACAGGCUGAACGUGACCUUGCUUCAGAUAUUCCGCCAAGGAGUGGCUGCGGCAUUAGGAGUCUCCGCCCAGCAAGUCCACAUCAAUCGCCUCCUUGAAAAGAAGAACAGUGUUGAACUAUUUGUGUCUCCCGUAAGCCAGAAAGCAGGCGUCUCCGAGGCUCUGCCCUCUGAGGAAGUGCUGCGCUCGCUUAAUAUCAAUGUUUUGCAUCAAAGUUUAUCUCAGUUUGGAAUUACGGAAGUCUCCCCUGAGAAAAAUGUUUUACAAGGGCAGCAUGAAGCGGACAAAAUCUGGAGCAAAGAAGGAUUUUAUGCUGUUGUCAUUUUUCUCAGCAUCUUUAUUAUUAUAGUAACGUGUUUGAUGAUUCUUUACAGAAUAAAAGAAAGGUUUCAGCUUUCCCUGAGACAAGAUAAGGAGAAAAAUCAGGAGAUCCAUCUGUCACCCAUCCCGUUACAGCCGGCGCAGUCUGAGGCGAAGACGGUCAACAGCAUGGUCCAGCCUGAGCGGCCCCCGAGGGUACUGACUGUGGCCGUGGACCCUCAAGGCCGGUACGCUCCUGAGAUCAAAGCCACCGCCUCUGUCUGCCCUUCUCCUUUGAGAAUGAAGCCCAUAGGACUUCAGGAGAGACGAGGAUCCAACGUAUCUCUUACAUUGGACAUGAGCAGCUUGGGGAACAUCGAACCCUUUGUGGCUAUACCAACCCCACGGGAGAAGGUAGCAAUGGAGUAUCUGCAGUCAGCCAGCCGAAUUAUCACAAGGUCACAGCUGAGGGACGUUGUGGCAAGUUCACAUUUACUCCAAAGUGAAUUCAUGGAAAUACCAAUGAACUUUGUGGAUCCAAAAGAAAUUGACAUUCCACGUCAUGGAACUAAAAAUCGCUAUAAGACCAUUUUGCCAAAUCCCCUCAGCAGAGUGUGCUUAAGACCAAAGACUGUGACUGAUUCUCUGAGCACCUACAUUAAUGCUAAUUAUAUUAGGGGCUACAGAGGCGAAGAGAAAGCAUUCAUCGCCACGCAGGGCCCCAUGAUCAACACCGUGAAUGAUUUCUGGCAGAUGGUUUGGCAGGAGGACAGUCCCGUGAUUGUUAUGAUCACAAAACUCAAAGAAAAAAAUGAGAAAUGCGUGCUCUACUGGCCAGAAAAGAGGGGCAUAUACGGGAAAGUCGAGGUUCUGGUCGCCAGCGUAAAUGAAUGUGACAGCUACACCGUUCGAAACCUUGUCUUAAAGCAAGGAAGUCACACCCAACAUGUGAAGCAUUACUGGUACACCUCGUGGCCCGACCACAAGACUCCAGACAGUGCCCAGCCCCUUCUUCAGCUCAUGCUGGAUGUAGAAGAAGACAGACUUGCUUCCUCGGGCCGAGGGCCUGUGGUUGUCCACUGCAGUGCGGGGAUAGGUAGGACGGGGUGUUUCAUCGCCACGUCCAUUGGCUGUCAACAGCUAAAAGAAGAAGGAACUGUCGACGCGCUCAGCAUUGUCUGCCAGCUUCGAGUAGACAGGGGCGGCAUGGUCCAGACCAGUGAGCAGUAUGAGUUUGUGCACCACGCUCUCUGUCUGUACGAGAGCCGGCUUUCGGCAGAAACUGUCCAGUGAUUCUCUGAAGAUUCGCCCGACCCUCCAUCUCUGGGGGUGAUGAAUCAAUUAUCCACCUGAGGCUUCUAGAAGGAGUUUCCUGCGGUGGAAGGAAGGAGAAGUCCCGACGCCACACUGCAGCACGGACUGUGGAA